AUGGCGAACCAGAAGGAAAUAGAGGCUCUUAUAUACGAGGCCCUUAAUAAGCAGAAACAGGGCAAUCAACAUUCAUUGUGGGACUGUCUUGUGCUUGUAGGACUUACAUCUAUCAACCAAGGGCAUUAUGCGGCAUACCUAUAUAAAUCGGCCCUAGAGACUACUGCUAUUGAGUCUAAACAAUUAUUGUGGCGGCGCUACGCGGAUGCACUCUCAGAAAUGCUUAUAGUUGUUGGAUUGCCAAAGACAUUGAACGCGCUUUACUCAAUGAUGCCCAUGGUUGAAAAGAGCGAUCUAAUCAAUUUGAAAAAGUCAGACUGGGAAGCCGAUACGUCAGCGAGAGGCUGGCAGUACGCAACACUAACACAUCAUGACUUGGCCGACCGCUAUAAGGAGAUUGCCCUGUACGCACCUGACGUAGUAACACAUAUUACACUGAAUCUUUCGAUAGAGAAGUUGCUGUCAGAUUACUCUAUGCAUGAUGGACUUGCAACAAUGGCAUUACUAUUAACGGUACUGGUCACAAUGAAUUGUUCAAUCCAGGCUUCAUGGUAUGCGGAUGGAUACCUAAGGCACGGCGGUGAGAAAGAGAGCCUUCGUGGUGUUGUUGAGUUUGCGAAAAAGAUCGCGCAUGAUGCCGGUAGCGAACUCCCUGCGGACUUUCCCAGUGUAGAGAACAUGCUGGGCGGAACACCACCAUGA